ACUGGAAAAAAAGUCGUCACUGCUUACUCAGAAGGAAUGGCUCACAGAAAGUCUGGGUUUGAUGUGUGUAUAUGCAAACUGUCCGUGGCUGGGUUUUUAAGAAAUUCAACCUAGAAAUGGCUUUUUCAUAGGUUCCAAAGCAAUUAAUCAACUUGUGCAAGAAUUAGAAUCCAGAAAGAAUAAUCAAGAUAUUUUCAAAAUGGAAAGUUUCAAUACCAUGGAAUUUUGCUUUCCUCCUUCAACUAUGAUUUCCUGACUUCCCUAAAGGAUCAAGAACGGGGCUGGGCACACAGUGUGUGCUAAGGAAUGAAUGUUUGGAUUGAAUUGAACCCCCAAAGAACGUGGACUAUUCAGAGACACUGAAUUUGGACUUGGGAGAAUCCCUGCCUCGGGUUGGCCCAAUUAGCAGUGAACAGCAAUGGGCCAAAAGAGAUAUGCCAAUUCUAGAAGAGAAACCUUGAGAUGGGGUCAGGAAGAUGAGAGAGCCAGGAAUCCGAGCCAGGUUUGAAUAUGGCAAACCAAAGACUUCAGAAAAUAGACCAGUUAAACAGAAAGGAGUCAUGGUCGAUGGUGAUGAGAGUUUUGAUCCAGUUGAGCCAUCAAACUUUGUCCUGGGGAAUCUUCAGGAUUACAAAAUCCAUCCAAAUUUGGCCAAGUACUAUGAGCCUUUGAAGCCCACUACACAACAGAAAUUCCUGAAUCAGAGCAGGAAAACCAGAAACUUCAUGUUAAAAGUAACAGAGUACGAUCAAGAUAUGACCUUACUGAUUAUGACCAACAACCCACCUCCCUACCUGAUCAAUCAGCAGGAAAAGGACAGCACAUCAAAAUACUUUUCCAAGGAGCUGCUGCGUGAGGUAGAAAGUCAGCCUCAGCCCAGGCCCACUGAAAACCUGGGCCUGCCCUUGAUGCCUCAGAAAAAAAAGCUAAAAUCUGGGAUGAAACCAGUCUUCCCUGUGAAGCAUUUGGACGAUCCCACAUCCAAGCGGGAACAGUGGUUCAGGUUUUCUACUGAUGAUGACUUCAAGUGUGAAGGGAAGUACUCCAAGAUCUAUGCUUUGAGGAGACAGAAAAAAAUGUACCCUCAGCUCAAUUUUGCUCCAGUCUAUGAAAGAGAAGCGAGGAGAGAUGCUUCCAAGAGCGACAGGCCGCCUUCCAGGGUGACGUGGGAACCGCUCACCCUCGCCUCGCUGCUGGAAGACACAUGCACCAGGACCGCGACCGGGCCAAGCACCUUCCGCCGAGGCAGGGCCCAGCAGUGGAUCGUCGAAAACGUCUCUGUCAUUAAGUGAAAUCUCACCCAGAGGCCUGCACGAGUCGCCACCCCAAUAAAACCACCUUCCUGCUGCA